AUGCCGAAGCAAAAAGCAUCUUUUUGGUCUGAGUUCAAAGUUGUUUUUGAUAUCAACGGAAAAGAAAAAUAUAAAUGCAAAACUUGUUCUAGUACAUGGGUCAAAAAUGCCUCACGUCUUAAAGAACAUAUUGAGCAGUGUAAAGGUAUUGAUGCAGAAACUGGAUAUACACGAGCCCAAGGUACCAAGCGUAAAAAACAGCAAAAACUUGAUGAAUAUAAUUAUAUCUUUACUUCUAAAGAUCAGAUUGUUCUAGAAAGUCUUCUUAUUCGUGCUUUAUUUUCAGCGGCCUGUCCUUCAUUCAAAAUUCCUUCACGUUAUAUUCUUUCAAAUACUUUAUUAAAUCAGGAAUUUGAGCAUUUACAAUUAAUUGUUAAAUCAACUUUGUCUGAAAGUUCCACAUAUUGUUUGAUAACUGAUUGA